AAACGAUCCUGUAAGUUUUUAACGCGGUAUUUGACGUUUUUCUUCAUCCAAGAUCGUGGAAUCAGACAGUAUAUUCUGCAUAUUUAAGUAUGGCCUUUUCCCGGAUUAUCAUACAAGUUAUUCUUGUUACCUCUCUUGUUGGAGACACCUCUGUUGAAGGGGUGGCAAAUACAUCCAUUGAUUGUAUGAAUGGAGGAUACCCUGGGCAGAGUACAACUUUAACCUGUACAGUAACUGGAACUAUAGCUACCGGCAUCUACUGGAUACGACCUGAUGUUCAUGUUCCACAAGUUGUACGAUGUAACACAGUUAACACUAUAUGUCGUUCAGAUGUGUCUGGUUACAGCGCUGUUAUCAACUCACCUACGCAGAUUACUCUCACCAUUCAGUCUUUCAACCCUGCAGUAGAUGAUGGAGAGUGGAUCUGUCGUGAUGGGCCAAUAGGAAGCCAGUCUACUUGUAACAUCACCCUACUAAUUGGCCCAGACAAUAUUACAUUCAAUCCAUCACCACCAGCUGAAGUGAGAGAAAGAAGCAAUGUGACAAUAAACUGUACUGCUGACUGUGUCCCACCAUGUUCUUACUUUUGGACAUGGGCAAAAGAAAACAUCAGUUCAACCUCUUUGUUAGCAAUGGAGAAUAUCGGAAAGAAACAAGCAGGCGAAUACAUGUGUACAGUAACCAACACCAUUACAUUAAUAUCAAGAAAUAAAGCAUUCCGCCUGUCUGUUCUCCGUAACCCAGAGCGCAUGUCGGCCUUAAGUUCAGGUGCUAUAACGGGAAUUGUGAUCGGUGUUGUUCUGGCGAUUGCUAUUCCCACGGUGUGGAUACUUUAUAAGAGGAUAAUACAGAAGAAAGCUAAAGAUGUGCAGAACGAAUCUAAUGACUAACGGAAACCAAAAUCAAGUUCACAGCCCUACAUGUUUCCGUAAUUAGUACCAGAAUACAGACGACAGAAACAUGCCAAAGCUAGAACUCCACAGUUUUCGGGGGGGGGGGGGGGGGUGUUGAGUCUGUAUCAGUAAACAUGGGGGGGGGGGGGGGUGAGUCUGUAUCAGUAAACAGGGCUCUCUUUUGUGUUGGGUGUUCCAAUAUUGAUUGAUUGGUUGAUUUUUUAAAAUGAAAUUCCAGCAGAAAUUAGACUAAAGUUGCAGUAUUGUACUUAGAAGUGCAGUAUUUCACUAGUUUUACAUCAGUUGUCAAAAAUAACAAUUGUUUGUUUGCAUAAAACGGUAAUUAAUGAAUUGGCUUGUAACUAUAAUAACAUAAUGUUAAAAUGCAUAUAAAAACAUUAUUAGUUUUAAACUCAUAACAUUUUCACAAAGAAAAAAGGAGGGGCAUAAACAUUAUUAACUGUAUCCACUACCGGCCUCGGUGGCGUCGUGGCAGGUCAUCGGUCUACAGGCUGGUAGGUACUGGGUUCGGAUCCUAGGCAUGGGAUUUUUAAUCCAGAUACCGACUCCAAACCCUGAGUGAGU